UCCUGUUUACCAAUUCUUAUUUCCAGGUGAGCUCCGAAAAUGAUUUCGUCUUGGACACCAGUGGCAAAUUCGUCCAGUAUGACACACUUCAAAGCGACCCCAAGUAUAUCAAUAUGGCUAAUGAUUCCCCACCCCGGGAAGAACAGAGCCCUGGGGGCAGCCCCGGCUCUCAACCAUCAACAUCUGUAGCUUCUGAUUUCGAACUCGGUCAUGGCAUCAAACGUGCUGAAUCUUGUGAGAGUGUUGCCUCCGAUUGUUCAGUCUUUGAUAUGCAGCCAGACAUGCCGAAAAUCGGUCAGUUAGAAUUUGCUAUUGAAUACGACAAGGAAGUGGCUGAGCUGGUCCUCAGUAUUAUUCAAGCCAAAGACUUGGAGCCUAAUCAGUUCACAGGAUCUUUGGAUACCUACAUACGGGUGAUGAUGCUGGGGGACAGAACUACCAAGUUCUCUACCAAAGUCCAGAAGAACACAACUGACCCAGUGUAUAAAGAACGGUUCCUGUUCAAUGUGGAACCGACCCACUUGGAUUCUAAAAUCAUUCAGUUCCAGGUGUUUUCGGUUGAUAAAUACGCCAGACAUAAAGUUAUUGGUGAAAGUGAGAUUAAGAUGGGAGACAUUGAUUUAAGGGUCCCAAUAAAAAUGUGGCUGAAUCUCAGAGAUUUGGACGAGAGGCAUGCCGAGUUUGGUGACAUCAUGUUUUCCCUGAGCUACCUCCCAACAGCGGAACGGUUAACCAUUGUGAUUGUGAAGGCACGGAACUUGAAAUGGGUGACGAGCAAAGAUAUUGGAGAUCCAUUUGUGAAAGUCUAUCUUCUUCAAAAUGGUAAGAAAAUUAACAAGAAGCGAACAACAGUGAAACGUUCUGAAACAAAUCCUAUUUUCAAUGAAGCUAUGAUAUUUUCUGUACCAGCAUCAGCUCUUUCGACUGUCCAACUUCGUAUUACAGUGGCUGAAGUAAUGUCAGACAACCGAACACCAUCUUUGGGUCACGUGAUUGUCGGCAACAGCACUUCCGGAACGGAAUUAUCUCACUGGAACCAAAUGAUGACAUCUCUCCGCAAACCAGUCGCCAUGUGGCACAAUUUAAGAAAAUAAACUUUUAGGAGAAUUUUUAUUUGGGAUAUUUUCUUUCUUUCAAUAUAUAUAUAUAUAUAUGUAUAUAUAUUUUUUAUUUUGUUUAAAUCUUAUUGUUGCUGUGUCCAGCCCAGACUGGAGCAAUUGUAUAUUUUUUCUUCCCAUCUCAGAGCAACGUAGCAUUGUUUCAUCAUCACUAGAAAUUUACAACCGAAAUUCCUUCUAUUUUUGGGGUGAAAUAAUUUUGGAUCAAAUUUCGGUUUUGUUCUAUUUUAUUUAUUUAUUUAUUUUUUUCUGUUUUAUAAGAUUAAAUAUUUAUUGAUUUGGUUGAGAAGUUCCUUAAUGAGCUUCCUAAAUUAUUUAUUCAGUUGGUUGAGAUGUUUCCUUUGUGAAUCAACCAUGCAAAUAUCUUGAACUUAAUUUAGUUUUAUUAACAAAAUGUUGAACAUGGAAAAAAAAAUAUAUAUUUAAAAGCAAAAAAAAAAAAAAAACAAAAUCUAUUUCUCAUCUUUUUCUCCAAAUAUCAAUAACCACACACAAACACAAAC